UCAACAACAACACCAGACAACGACCCGAGGUAAACAAAGUGUAUUAUGUCAACCCUUGUCCAGGAGGCCGAGCUGUGUUGUAGUGGAAGAAAACGGUAGUAAGGGAGAACUUGUAUAUUAUCCCUGUGACGAUGAGAGAACAGCUCUAGAUUUGUUGAUGAGAAGAUGGAGCCUAUGAGAGAUCAGUGUGCAUAUUACUACACCAAACAGCAAAUUGAUAACCUUCUUGUCAGGGUAUCUUUACAACAACUGACAGGGACACAACUAGUUGAUGUAUCACCAAGAGUGGUGGAGGAUACAUCAGGGGUCAAGAAGGAGGAGCUAGCCCUAGCCUCUCGGUCUGUUCUUUCUGUACAUUCCCAUGAUACUUCUGUCUCACACACUCAGCAACAAGUCAUCAAGUGGCAGCAAAAAAUAUUAAGCCCGUGUGAGACAGUGGAAUAUGGACGUCCCAUUUAUGCAAAUGAUCAGAAGUACAAGACUCGUCAUGAACAAGCCAUCAAACUAAAGAAACUUAAACAAUGGAAACGGCGUAUUUUUACUUACAUUCAACAAGAUAAUUUUCAUUGGCAGAACCAGGAUGCAGUUACUUUCUCCAAAAGGCAAGAAACAGAUGGUUGGCUGAGACAAAGAAAGAACACCUCAAGCAGGAGAAAAAGCGAUAAAGACAACAAUUCGAGCAUAAGUGAGGGAAACAAAGAAGUGGAUAAAACAACAGCAAAGGGUACAGGGGUAAUACAGUCUCUCGAGCAACAAUAUUUUUAUAUCAUGGCAGACUUGGCUCCAUCUGAAUGCCUGGGAGAGAGCAAAGCCCACGAAGUAGUGCUAUGUAAGAUCUGCUAUGAUUUACAAGGUCAGCUGGCAGUUACUCCAGACUUCACUAUGCCUACUACCAAAGCCUAUAGACUAGAAAGUUUUGGGUCUGACAAUGCCCUGUAUGAGUACACAAUUGAGAAUACGUCUCUCACUCGUUCUGCAGAAGAGAAGCAUCAAGAUGACCAGCUCGUAAAACAGAUAGUACACCAGCAGUUGGAGGAAAUACAACAAAUAGUUGGGUUGGAUUGGGAUGGACAGAAACGUGGAGAAGGAGAGCUGCGUUUACUGGUUGUGGGAGAGAUCACUCGUGCUCUACAUUUCUCUGAAGCUUCCUCCCUCUAUGUACAUUAUGUCUUACAUCUUCCCCCUGGUUGGAGAGCAAACCCCGGCACAGAAUGUGAAGGGUUUACUCCAUCUUGUAAUGUUGGUUAUGUGGAUGGCACCCAUACUGCACACUACUCUACCCCAUUCUCUCUUGAUGUUACCAGAUCCAAAUCAGGCGGAGGCUGGCCACUACUUUUGCUUGCUGUGUUUUCGGUAGACUGGUUAGGUCAAGACCGGGAUGAAGGCUAUGCUGCAUUUCCAUUGGUAUCUCCAGAAAAUGUAACAGAUGAUCCUAGGCAUUGUAAGGAUAUGGGAAGUAAUGUUCAUGCUGUGAAUACUUGGCGUCCAGCUCAGCUGUCUCCAUUGUCACUAAUGCGAAGGUUCUUUAUUGGAGGGUGUCAGCUUAUGGUUGACUCCUCUUACCUCGCUAUUGGCAGUAAUUCUAAGCAGGGUCGAGUAAGUCGCUUAGGAUUCAGUACUGUGAGUAGUGGCAGCCUCGAACUGAGAACAAACACCUUGAUUCAGGUGGAGUCAUUGGAGACAGAUUUGACUGUGCAAAUGGAAAAUUCAUCUAGCUGGCAGCUGUCCACUCUUGCAGUGAUUGAUGCAUUUAAUAAAUCAAGGCAAAAACUCAGAGCAGCCAAGCAAGGUCUUUUGUGAAUUAUAGAAGUGGUGCAGAGUGGUUGCCAUGGAGAACUCCAGGAUGCUAUAGCCCCAGAGCCCACAGGCUACCACCCGACUUUUGUCAAGAGGUACUAGGCCAUAGAACUACUCGACGUAAUCAAUGAUGUGGUCAUCUUCGUCCACCUCAACAUCAGAAGAAUGUUUGCCUACCAUUGACUGCUGUUACCUGAAUAUCUGAUGGAAGUACUCUUUCUUGCUUUCUGGAGCAAUUUAGUGCACCAAUUCCUGCAGGGUCCUUGAGCUUUUCUGGGGCCAAAGCGAUGGGCCCAGUGUACCUGGGUGGAAAUGGCACAGCACUAAGGUUGAACAUCUUGCAGGAGUAGCCCUUCUGUCCUGGCAUCAGACGAACCCGGGAUGCAGGAUUAUUGUCAGCGUAGCCCUGUUGCACUGCAAAUCCUUCCUUGUAUGCAACAUUGAAGAGCAGUAUCCUGGCAUUUGAGAAGUCCUCUUGAUGAAGUAUGUCUGCAUCACUCCAAAGUCCAGGAAGUCACUCUGUUCCAUCUCCAUCACCUUGAAACCCUCGAUCUUUACAUCUUUUAUCAAACCAACAUAGUCUGCCUUGGUUACUAUAUUGGGAUGCUUUCACAGCUUAAAUUCCCAAACUGACGGUCACAUGGCAUGUACAGUAUGAAUGUCCUGGUACAAGAAAAGUGUGGUGGAUGGUGAAGAAGGGGGUUUUCAUGCAAGAGACAAAGGCACAGCAGCAUGAAGUUAAUGUUUUUAUUUUGUCCGGCAUAAUUGUCAGAAAAAAGCACCAACUGUUUCAUUUUGAGCGUCAUGGUUGUCCCUAAUGCACUUGAGAACACAACUUUUGCCACUUCUACACCUCCGUUCUUUGCUGUGACCUCAUCCCACACAUACAUCGUGGAUUUCUUUGUCUUCAUGUUGUAGAUACAGAAGUUGUAUGUCCACAUUUGUAAAACGCCACACUUGAGGACUCAGGGGUAGGCAGCAUCUGUUGAAGAUCAAAACAGAGUGCCAGGACAUCUGGAUUAUUAAAUCGACUAGUGCUGUAGGUUGUCAGGAAGUCCUGUCCUUUUUUGGCAAGGGCAUCGUGAUCCUUCAGCGCUCCUUCCAGCUCGGCAAUGUGGGUCUCCUUGCCUGCUUCUUCUUGGUAGGUAGAAGAUCGCAUUUGCUACAUGUGUCCACCCUAACAGGUGCGAAGCAUAUGUUAAACUCACUAUUAAACACAUUUCUAUAAUAACUGAGCUUCACUUUCUCCUCAGUGGGAGGACACUUUAGGCAGCAACCGUAUGCGCUCACGAACACACUCUGCCGUCAGCUCUUUGAGCUUGCUGCCAGGUUCAUGCAAACAACUUUUGUCAGGUAUCCUGCCAGUGAGCGUAAAUUUCUUUAUAACGAUUCGCAUCCUCUUCUUCCCAAUGUGGAAGAUUAAGAGAAACCCAUUCUUACACACUGGAAGGUCGUCACCUUUGUACAGCACAAUCUGAGAAUGGGCUGGUGGAGCGUCAUCGUCUUGCGGCGUCGUUUCACAGGCACGGAAUACAUGAGCGACUGCAGGUAUGCUGUUUGCUUAUCAUGGGAUGCCAGGGCUCAAGAUUUCUUGAACACCUCCUGUGUGUCUGGCAUCGUUAUCUUGUCAAAACACCCAUCUCAGCACAGGGGCCCUAUUUUCCUCUUGGGCAUAAGUUUUCCAUUUGUUUCUACCCACAUAGGCUUUCCCUGAGUCACGUGCAUGCUUGGAUUUAACUUGCUUCCAUGUGUCCACUUUACACACUCAUUUCGAACCCAAUGAUGGGCCUGGUUCGUCAAUAACACUCUCCUCACUACCACUAGACACUGACGAAUGAUCACUAUCAGCCAUGAUGUACUUUAUGCACUAACACUGUCUUAAAUGGUAAAUAAAUCCAAGCGAUCACUCUUCCACAACUUGAAAGUAGCCGGGGAAUGUGAAGAUUGAGUAACAACAAAGCGAGGAAGCUAGCAGUGUGAGAAGCGUGAUGAUUCGCUCAUAAUACCCCAGAAGCGUGCUGAUUGACCGAAGCUGGUCUACUUGGGAGGUGUGGCAGGUGAUGCGCGCCUCUCAUAGGCUGCUAUGCGAGUUAAAGGGAGUCGGUGAGACUUGUGGGCUUGUGUGAUGAAUGCGCGCUGACGAGCUGAACAUGGCCUUUUAGGUACACAAACCAAUGUUUCCUUAGCAGCAUGAUAGAUGGAGUCGCUAUAUCUUCCUGACAUUUCCCUGUGCAGACAGGCUCAAGCUUUGUUCAUUUUAUCACCUUGUACAUUUAUGUUUAUAAUUCUGUUUUCAUCUACAAGACACAGAUAUCACUUGCAACUGCCAGAGUACAUUCCAAGAAGUGUCCUUCCACCUGGAUGUUUGUAGGGUAACGGGCAGCUAUGAAAUUACCAAGGGUAAAGUAUUAUUGCUGGUGACAAAUUAUUUAUGGCUGCUCCAGGAUAUUUGAAACAAGGCAGGAAAAAAUCGAGAUGUAUCGCACACAUCCAUAGGACUGGUUCAAAAUGAACAAGGUAUGUUUGUAGAAAUGAAAGGGUGAAAUAUGUGGACCAUAAUGUUUCCCAUGUGCAACUGGAUGCUACUUUUAAUAUUUUAGUUGGCUAAUGGCAGGUGAUUUUAUUUAGCAUAGAGAGACUCCUCAUACCCAAGGGGGUUAAGUAAAUAUGGAGGUCAAGGUUAAUUAUCCUUCCCCAAAUUAUAGAUAUGAAAUCUUUAUUUAGAAUAUGAAAAGAAAAUACACAUUUAUUAAACAACAGAAAAAGGCUAUCCACAAAACUAUUCAGGGCCCAAUUUUUACAGUUAUCUUGCAAGACAGCUAUGUAGAAUCUUAUUGGAGGCUGCCAAAAAUGUGGCUUCUCAAUUUCCCUAAGUUACAAAUAAUUUUGUUAAUCUUAUGUAAAGCUAAUAUAAAAAAAAAUUCUUUCAUGUGCUUUUUCAGCAUAAAAAAUUGCAGUGCCCUUAUCAAAUGUUCGGUAUCUGAUAAGAGAAAAAUAGUUUAGAAAUAUAAUGAAGUAGCAUCCCAAUCAGGAAAGCUCUUAGUUGUCAAGCAGAUGUAAAUAUCAAGCCCCAAGUACAGGUAUUGGAAUGGCUACUAACAUAUGUUGAUAGAAAUUAAAUCAUAUCAUGUGUAAAAUAAGAUGAUAGAUCUCACAAUAGUGUGUACAGCACAGUGCAAAUAAAACCAAAUCUUUCAGCAGUUAAUAUAACAAAUACAGUUUUCCAUACAAAACUUUAAUACAAUUACUAAAGCAGUCAUUCUUAUUUUAUUGAAGAACACAAAACUAACUUUUGAGAUAAGAUUCUUAAAUAACUUGAGGAAUGUAUGAGGAAACAAGAGAGAUUGAUUCACAGUAAGCCUAAACCUGAUGAAAACAUACAAGUAUAUUGAGGGGAUGCCAUACUGUUUUCCAUGAUCUACAUAUACAGUAUAUUGUAUUCAAAGCUUAUUAUUGUACAGUAUACUUUUAAGAACUGCACUCUAUUAUCAUGUCAAAUUAAACAAGAUAUACAAAUGUAUUCAUUACAAAAAUUAUUUUCUUGAACUGAUAAUUAUCCUUGGAUGAUCCUUAAUUACUUCUUCUCUUUAUAACCUAUACACAAGACAAAAAAUAUUCAUAUGCACUGACACAUUUCAUGGUUCAGCUUUUCCUAUUACACUGCAGUUAAGAAAUCUCUCUGGUAAUCUAGUGAAGCAUAUUUUGAUAAUUAAGGAUCUCCUGAAACAUAUUCCUAGUGUAUCCUGGUACAACAGACACAUAAUGAACACACACAAGACCAUCUCUACUUUUGUAAGCUUUAAAAGCAUAGGAGCAUACAGACUCUCAAUUUAUUUGCAGUUUCUGCUUUAAUACAAUACAAUAUAUCUUGAAUUCCCAAAGCAUUUCCUAAUACGUUACAAUAAAAAAAAUUCCAAAGUGCCGUAUUUCAUUACAGAGGUAGUACUCUGUACGGUACUGUACGUGUUUGCAACCAAACUUCUAUCAAAACAUAGUUGAGGUAUUUUAUUUCUCUGUAACUGCAAACAAUUCUUAUAGUGCUAUUAAAUUUUUGGCAACCAUUGGCAAAGAGCAUAAGAUAUAAAAUUCUUGAGAAAGCACCUUUUCUCACUUCAACACUAAUGCCAUCAUUUCAAAUUACUCUUAACAAUUUAUAAAAUAACUCGUGUCUGAAUAACUGCUUCUUGGAUUGCAGUUCUUGAGACUUUAGGUGACUCAUGUCCUGAGAGAACAGCUUAGUGCUAGGCCUGUGCUAACAGAUGACAUGCCCACUUGUGCUGCAAUCUAUUGAAGUCUGGGGAAACUACAUAUUCACCAGCUGGUUGACUGUCUUUGACAUUUAUUUAUUAAUCCUUUAAAAAACUUAUUAGCCCUCUAACUCAUCAUGAUGCAAAUCGCAUAAAAUCAUUGAGUGGCUCUUAUUUGUAUCGAUGACACGAAUUGCACCAUUAACCCUUAGAAAAUUCACCCCCCCCCCCAUUUUUUAGAUAAUUGUGUCAUCUUUUCGUACAUUAUAGAUGACUGCACGAUCUUGCGAGAGAAGCUUCCAGAAAGUGCCAAAGCAUGGGCGGAGUUCCGCUGUCCAUCAGUUUCCUCUUGUCAGCCGCGUUGGUAGGUCACAUUUGUCUCUUUAUUAUCUCUCUCACCCUCCCCGUAAUUAGUCACAUCAAAAUUUCAAAGUCAUCAUUGGCGUGUUUGUGAGAAAAUGGAGAUAUGGUGCUAGAAACAAAUACUCUAACUCCUUUUCUUUAUUUGGAGUGAAAAAAAUUGUCUUGUUCUUGUAUUUUUUUCCUGCACGUUUGAGUCAAAACAAUAGCAAAGCGAGUAAUGUAUAAAUCAUGCAAAAAAAUUCCUGUGGGAUAAAUUGGCAGCAGAACAAAGAUAACCAGACCUCACGCGCGUGGUCCUAAAUGACUUUUGUUGUGGUCAAGGAAACUUAAAAACUUAUUGUGUACGUAAAAAUUAAUGAAAAAUACAACAUAAAAAGUACUGAAUGCUUCUCCACAAUAUGAAACAUUAAAGAUAUAUUUAGUGGUUUCCUUGCUAUCAAGGUCACAGUCUCAAGUUAAAGAAACCAGAAUUUGUCAGAAUAAAAACCCAAAAGAGAAUGUUGUGACAGUAAGAGUUUUGAACUCUUGUAGUAAAUAAAAUUAACACAAAUGGUACGUAUGGUUGCCUCAUGAAGGGCCAUUAUACAGGUACCUGUAAUGUCGGCAGUCUGCCGACCUUUUUCAAAUCCUUCAAUCAGCAGUAACUGAGGCUAUUGUUAAAUUCAAAUUUGUGCAAAUGAAAAUAACUAAGUAUUUCUUAAAUGGAUGGGUCAAAGACAACUGCAUUUGGGCCCAGAGGAAGAGAGUUGGAGUGGUGAGGUUACUGGGUAGGCAGUGCCUGAGAUGACGGUCUGUUUUAAAUACAACAAAUUUGUCUAAAAAUGUAACCACCACAAGUUGAAUUUAAGAAAACAGGCAAUGCACUGGUGUACAAUGGAGCUAGGAGUCCAUGGAAAGUAUGUACGAUGCACCCUCGUUUUUUACGCAUUUUUUACAGUUUUGACUUCGCGGAUUUUCCUCAGAAAUAUAUUUUUAUUGCAACAGGUAUUAAUGAUUUUUGUGUUUUGCACUUGAAAAUCCCGUCAUGGCUCCAAAACAUCCUUCUAAAGGUGGUGAUAAGGGCAGUAAUGCACCAAAGAAGCCUAAGAGAAAAAAAAAGUGUUUACUUCAGUAGGGAAAGUCAAAGUAAUGAAGAAAACUGAAACCGGCAUGAGCUAUGCGCUAGGGGAUAUGGGAUGAACGAAUCAACAGUUCGCUACACAAAAAAAAAGAGAGAAAGAUGUCGUUGAUGUGGUUACUGCUAUUGCACCAGCAAAGGUGACAAAAUGUGAGAGAUCCGGCACUGAUUAAAAUGGAGAAAGCGCUGAUAUCGGGUUCAAACCGCCACCGCAUACCGCUUGACUAAGUUAAUCAAGGGAGAGGGAGGGUCAUCUUCAGAUUAAUCAUCACCAUUCAUUCAUUCAUCAUGUUGUGAUGUACUAGGGAGAGAGUUUGGAGGGAGGAUCAAGAGGACGGAACAACAUAACUGGGCUGGUGACUACAGUAUUCCUUAUGCGUUGUAUUUUUUAGGUAUGUAAUAUAUAAAAUAAUUUUUAUUUGUGAUUUUCUUAUGUUGUUUUUACAAAUUAUUUAAUGAUAUAUGAGAGGGAGAGAAGUUUACAGAUCAUCAGAAACACGUUUAGGGCCAUGCAAGUGAUUGGGGAUAUGUUAUAUAAUAUUGAAUAUUACAUGCUAAGUUAAUAUCUGGAAAAAAGUAUUCGCGAUUUUGCUCUUUCGAGGUAAUAUCAGGAACAUAACCCCCCGCAAAAAACGAGGGACCUCUGUAGUUUCAGACUCAACAGAAGGAUAGGGAUAUAUGUUAAUCUUCUCUUUUAAAUUACACUAUAUUAAAGCAGUUGCAGGAGUUUAUAAUGCCAGAUUAUUGACAUUGCACAAUAUCCACAUCUGAAUUUAAAUUGGAAGCUGUAUGACACCCAAUCAGCUUACCCUUUGUUAUAAGCUUGCUAUCCUAUUCAAUACAGUAAAACCUCAAUACUGUACACCGCACUUCAGUACACUGGUAUUGCCUUUUUUGGACUCUGUGGUGCUUCUGACUGCCCCUCUAUUUACCAGAAAUAUUUGUAAAAGGUUCGGAAAAUCCAGCAUCAGUCUGGACGGUUUGUGUGUGCAGUUGAACGUCUGUACGUGGGUUUCACAUGGCACAUCUCAGUCCUGCCUUCAUGAGUACUGUAUAGAAUCAGUGUGCCACAUUUCACUAACUCCACUCAUUUACGUGACUUUUUAUGUAGAGUACGAAUUACAGUAUCAUUAACAGGGAUAUGCCAAGGUUUUAAGAAAUGGGUUAAAAUAAUGUACAGUACUGUACAUAUUUAAAAAAAAUAUGAAAAGAACAACAUUUGUUCACUGAAUACUGUACAGUGGUCUAAUCGGAUUUGCUGUAGGCCUAAUGAGAACUAUGACUCCGUAUGUAAGCAAGCUGGGGGUUGUGAGGGCUGAUAGGGCGUUGCUGCAUUUGCCAGGUUUAUUUAGUGAUUUAUUAUUAUAUUCUCACAUGAUCAGCCUCUUACGGUUUGUGAUUCAUCAUGAUUAAUAUAACAUCUUCAAUAAUGAAAAAUAUAUACAUAUACAAUACUUUAUAUAAUUUGUAAUUUGACUUGAAGAUAAAAGGAUAAGCUGUAUCGGAAGGUAUUCACUCAGGAUGCGUUCGUGUGAGAGCUUUCAGUCAAUCAGCUUUCAAUAGGGUCACUAUAACAUAUUGUAUAGUAUUUGAUAUGGGGUUUCCUUCCUAACAAUGUUAUUUAUUACCUUUGAGUGUUACAUGAUGGCUCAAUUUGGCAACUUGUACACUUAGACAUCUGGUUAAUGUAAACAAAUAAAACAGUGAUGAGUAAUAGGGCCAACUUGAUACAUUUCAUUGCUAUAAUCUAAUGCUACUGAAGCACUAAUAUUGUUGAGGAUCUUUGAAGAUAUCUAAUAAAUAAUUUUCUACA